CUCCACAUUCCCCGGAAAACACCAACUGACUAACGAUUAGCUUCCCCGCAAACCAAACCCGUGUUAUGCACAAGAUGGCAGUGUAUUAUCACCAAUUAUAUCCUUAUCGACCUCUAUUAUGAACCUUUACUAGCCAUGAUACCGUCCGACGACUGCCGCCAUGUUCCCCGUCACCGAGGUGACCACCGUGGGUUGUCGCCGAGCUCUUUUCCAUAGAACUCCAAGAGGAACUUGUUCAAGGAUCAUUAGCCUUCGCCUCCAUCGACAUUCUAGAGUGGUUGCAGGUAAUCUCUCGUUAUGUCGGAGCCUCCACGAUUCCGAAGCUCCCAUAGGGUUAUUCCAAUCCGCCGGUAAUCCUAAUACUAUUUCAAGCCAGGACUUCGACUUGUUCCACGACUUUCUCCAUCGCAAUACAAACAAAACCCCCACGAUGCCCGACCCCUCAACUACGAGGCCAUCCAUUAUUGAUCCUGCCAAAAUGCCUAUUGGUCCUCUCUACAAAGCUGUUCUGGCACUGCAGCAGGGGGAUGUUUGGAGAGCGUUCAUUCACCUACGCCAAAUCCUGAAGAUGGAUCAACUUGAACUGCAAGAAGCUGUAACUGCCUUGCCUCGGACUACAUUUACCGAGAUUCUGCACGCUCUAGAUCCCUUGAGGAUUUGUAGAGAAAUCGACCCAACUGACGGUUCAAACAUAACCCCUGGAAUGUAUCAGAUGUUGGGCAUGGAAUCUUAUAUCGAUCAUUGGGGGGUCCGAAAGGUUUACGUUGACCUGUUAGAGUGUAUGAUCGCUCUUGUGGCCGCAUUAAAGUCCACAGGGCAAGAACUGCAAGUAAGAGAAUACAGCUACCUUUUUAGAUUUACAGGGGCAGCUUCGGAUUUAGGAGCCACAAGACGAAUAUGGGACGAUCUGAUCCAGUCCCACACCAAUGAUUGGCGGCGCUCCGAAACUUUCAGGGAAUUUAUGUCUGCGCGCUUCCUCACAAGACCCUUGAAUAACAGCUACGACAAGAUCAGGAGAGCAGUCAUCCCGCGUGAUCUCCACCGAAGUCGAAUCAGACUCGACCAGAAUCAUGUUGCCAAACUAGAUCGCCUAAGAUUGAACAUACGACUCAAAAGAAUGUAUUUUGGGCUUAACAAAGAGAAAGGUCACGCCGAAGAUCUCAAACGGGUAACGAGAAAGAAACGACCGGCUAUGAGGAUAUUUUCCCAUGCACUGGAGAAUGGUCACUCGGUAGAAGAAGAUCUAUUAUAUACUGCGAUAAUGGUUUUCGGGCGGACCGGAUCUUUACGAUUUGUUGGCUCUAAGAUACUGGGACAUUAUUUCGGCAUUCAUUUAAAACGCUUAGUUUAUGAAAGGGAGGGAAGCACACUGAACGACAAAAUCACAUCUACCCCGGCUCCCGUACGUCCUUCGCACAGGCUCAUGGCAGCUGUUGUGGACGCCUAUGCUUCAAACGCGGAGAUCGCCCUCGCAUAUCAAAUAGUCGACCACAUAUCGAGGUCGGAGGGCAUUGGUAUUCCGGCUGCCAUCUGGUAUGACCUGCUAGAGUGGACUUACAUCAUGGGCUCACCGCCUGCAUCUACAAUGUGGAAGCAGUCUGACAUGCGGUUCAAAAUUCCACACCCUUCAACGGUAGAGAUCAUGUUUAAUGCCAUGGUAGAAGGUGGCAUUAAGCCUCGUUUUGAAGCCUAUAACAUCCUCCUCCGAAGUGUUAUAGGGCGACACCAAUUUAGCAAAGUCAUCCCACUCUUGAGAAAAGCGGUCACAUUUUACGACACCAUAUCUGAAGAGUACCAGAAUGCGGUGUUCGAUUAUGCACAGCUCGUUCGUGACGGGGUUUCCGUUACCAAAGCGAUUCGACGAUACGAAAGUGUUCGGUUCAAGCAAUCGAAGGUGUGGUACGAACUCCAGACAAUUUGUCGACAGUUCUUGUUGAAAGUACGCAGCCAUAGCCUUAAUAAUCCGCUCACGACCGUUGCGAUCCCGGAGUUCGUACGCGAAUUCCGGCCUUUUAUUUCUAAUCCGUUCUCAUACCGAACAUCUACUGGCCAUGUUUCCUUGUUCGACCCGGGAAUAAUGGCGCCCCGGACAGCCGUCAUUCACAACCUUCCCAUGACUAUACCGAUGAAGCAAAAAAGGAAGUGGAUGCGUCAAGGAAUAAAUGCAAAGAAGGUUGAUCUCUUGCAUGAACACUCUCUGAGGGGGCACCUACCAAUCGUCAAGCUUGACCUUGGUCUUGCUACCCUUCUCACUACUACAUCUCGAACAUUAUUACCCCAAUAUAGGGGCGGAACGCGGCGAAAGAAAUCGGCAGAUCCUGUUGAUGACGACGACGAAUUUUACUGAGAGCGACGAACUUAUUCAUGUACAAUAUUAUAUAUAUAUUUACCAUAGCCCUAGAUAUAUAAUAUAUAUAUUUACCAUA